UUUUUUCCAAUUCAACACGCUUUCUGUCGGCUCCACGGGAUCUAUAGCAUCCUUCCUUUCUCCCGAAAGUUUGUGGAAACCCCCUACGCAGAGAGAGCGGAAUUGCAUAAAUUCAUUUAUAAGACACUUUUUUUUUUUUCCUUUAGUUUUUUGAAGAUCAAAAUUUUAGUUUUGAGGAAGUUUGAAUCACAGUGGGUUUCUCUCAUCCAAAAAUGUGGGCUCUCUGUUUAUGGUGGUGGGUGAAUGGCCGGAUGCUAAACCAAAUUCUGAGAUGGCUGAAGAAACCAAAGAUGACAAGGUGAAGGAUAAACCAGAUGCAUACGGUAUAAUCUCUUGUGCUGCUUUUGCUAUCAUGUCUCUUGGCAUGUCAAAUCUCACUCAAUUUGGAUUCCAGAUUGAUCUACUAUAUUUCUUCUGCGGUGGUCUACUAGUACAACUCAUGAAGAUCAAAUUGUGGUUAGUCAUGGUUGGAGCAGGUUUCAGUUAUUCCCUCCUCCAGCUUCGAGACUAUCCGCGCGACACACCAGAGGAGAAUCUUCAGCUCCUCCAGCUUCAAGAAUAUCCGGGCGACACACAAGGGGAGAAUCUUCAGCUCCCGGACCAAAAUCAUUAUUGUUGGUGGUGUUUCAGAUCAAAAUUAUUUUGGACCACGAAAUUUAUAGUGAUAAGAAGAUAAUUUUAGAGAUUGAAUUGGGUUCUCUUUUUAUUAUUAUUAUUUUUAUAUAUAAAGAGUCAUAUCAGUAUUAUUAACUAUUUUUAAUUUUAGAGUUUCUAGCCAACUGAAAUGUGUUCAGUCUACAAAACAUUAAGCAUAAAUACUUGUUCUUUUUUCUGACACAAUAUCGACAUACUUCGGAGUCAAUUAAGAAAACACAUCCUAAAGUGUUUUUCACAUCAUCGUGCAUCCUGUCCAAUCACUAUCACAAAACACUAUUUGGCACUACUU